AUGUUUAUCUUGCACUCAUUGUUUGAUUCGUGCUGUCAUACCGUCUACCACUCACGACUUCAAGGUCACAUUUCAAGGCUAUAUUUCAAGGUUGCAUUUCAAGGUCAUAUUUCAAGGCCAUGUUUCAAGGUUACAUUUCAAGGUCACAUUUCGAGGUUAAAUAUGCGUUCAAGGUUGGCUCCCAAGGUCGACUCUCAAGGGCGUUCUAGAACAUACAAACCCUACCUACUCAUUAUUAUGAUAUGAAUCCCAUCAUUUCUGAAAUUGAAAAUAUAUCGAUUUCCUCACGUAUAGCAGAAAUCAUUUCUUCAAAUUUAAAUGUUACUACAUAUUUAUCCAAUUAUUUCAGAACAUUAA